UUAGGGGUCACGUAGUGAUUAUGGCGGAAAAAACCAGACCAAAAUCAAGACAAAAUGAAGAAGAAAGAACUAAAGAACAACAGGAAAAUGUUCUUGAGCUGAAUAUUGUAUAUAAAGGCAAAGAUUUUCGCUUAAGUUUUUCUCUUGAUGCGGACAAACAAACAAUUUGUAAAGAAAUCAAAAGACAGACUGGUGUUAAAGGAGCGUUCUACUUACAUUACGGUGACAGUUCCAACAACUAUUUGCACUCUUCCAGCCUUACUUUAGCAAACAUUUCCAAGCUCUCUGGAAGCUCUUUGGAAGUACGAGGAGGCGAUUGGAUCAACAAAGGAGGGGACUCCAUAUGGUACUACUUCAGUCAAACACUGAAGCCCAAUGUACAAGAGAGACUAACAAGACAGCAGUGGGUGCCAUUUGAUAACCCUCCUUGACACAACAUACAUACAACAAGCAUUUGGUACUACCAGCAACAAUUGCAGAUUGCAUAYGAUAGGACUUCAUAUGGGGAUACGAGAUACAUUUUGUUGGUAGAGUCAGCCUCAGUGGUUACAGGUAUCAGUAUUUUCUUUAACUUUGAAAGAGAGCUCAGAAUCAAAUGGAAAAAUGAGAAUGUGAACUCAUCAAACAAAACUUGUUCAAUUUAUGGAACAAAAAUAUUUAUUCAUUGAAAUUAUGAAUAAAAUGGUUCGUAUUGAAGUGGAAAAGUAAUCUAUUAUGUGAUUAGAAUUUCUGGCCAUUCACAUCAAAGACAGUUAUAACACUGAUUGACUUCAGAGUGAUUUCACUUAAUUAACCCUAACUUGUAGAUUCUGUGAUGAGUUAAAUAAAAACCACUCUAAAGAGUU